GCGAGGAAUUAUUCUGUCGCUGUCGACGAGGCUGAGUGAUUCUGUGCUUUUUCUUUUUUUAUCAAGGAUAUUUCUGACUGGAGAACUUUCCCAGUUUUGAUAUCUCAUUAACUGUCAGCUGCUCCUUUUACCCGUUCUAUCUAUCUCCAGUUCCUAUCAUUUUUACCCCGCCCCAAUACCCCUCUACAGCCCUUCGUCGCCAUGGUGCUCGAUUACAGCAAGUGGGAUUCCCUGGAGCUUUCCGAUGACUCGGAUAUUGAAGUCCACCCUAAUGUCGAUAAACGUUCCUUUAUCCGUGCCAAGCAGUCGCAGAUUCACCAGCAACGUGUGCAACGCCGCCAUGAAAUCCAGACCCUGAAGUACGAGCGUAUAAUCAACGAUGGCCUGCUUUCACGCAUUGACAAGCUGCUCGCCUCGCUUCGUCAACAUGAGGAUUCCUCACGCAACCCCGAAGAACUGGUUUUCCAGGCUCUCAUGGAGUCCGCAGGAAAUCCGGCCGAGGAUCAGCCUCCUUCACCUCCGGAAGGUGUCCAUACCCACGAGCAAGAGCAGCCAAAAUACUCGCAAAUGAUGAGUGCUCUGGUGGACCAGGUCAAGAAGGAGAUCGAUGGAUCUAAAUCCGACCAACUCUCUAAGGAAUACAUUAAGGGCGUGGAAGGGCACCAGCAGAAGGUGCAGGGACUUCAGAAGGAAUUGUUGGAGAGACUUGUCCAGCUUGAAAAGGAAGAGAGUAGCAAGAUUACCAGCGAGAAUCUGCAUACUGGAUUCGACACAUCUCACGUCGCCAAGGCUAGUGAUAAUAAGCCAGCUUCAGCGGGACAGACUAGCUCUGUUGAACUCUUGAAUCCCGGGAGUGCGAGCAAGGAUGUCUCUGUCCCAUCCAGCGCCGAAGACGAUGCCGAAGAUGAUGACGACCCUGCGGAUGCCCGGGCUAGUGAGCUGGCCAAGCGAUUUGCGAAGAUCAAUCAGAAUGACUACAGGACCUUGCUCCAAUUUAUUUCUGAGAACCCCUCAAUUGUCGCGGAGAAGGAGACGGAUGGUUUGUUGGUUGAGGCCUUCAAUAGCCAGAUGGAAGGAAAAGACGAAUACGCUCGUCAGUGUGUUCAUCACGGCCUGUUGCUCCAAUACUGUCGGUCUCUAGGCAGAGACGGGAUUACUCUCUUCUUCAAGCGUAUCACUACGAAGGAUCACCAAGCAAGCACUCUUUUCCGCAACGACGUCAACGAAACCUACAGCAAGAUCCGGACCCGUGCUGCAGAGCUCGUCAAGGGUUCUGCCUCUAAUGACCCGGCUGGCGUAGAGCAGAUUCAACUCCAUGCAGUCGACCCAAACACCAAGAUCACUAUCAACAUUCCCUCUGCAGAAGGCGACGACCCAGUAGAAGUCGAAGCCCGCAAGGUUUUCGAGUCCUUUUCGCCGGAAUUGCAGAAGGCUCUGCAAUCCGAAUCACUGGAUGAAGUUAACAAGGUUCUUGGAAAGAUGAGUGUUGAUGAAGCGGAGGAUGUUGUUGACAAGCUCGGACAAGGAGGAAUGCUUAGUCUCGAGGAGGGAAUUGUCGAUGCAACAACAGAAGAAGGCAGAAAGAAGUUGGAAGAGAUUGAGCUUGAAAACAAAAGAGAAGCCGAGGAAGUUGGAGAGCCAGGAGAAGACCGAGUGACUGAGUUGGAUUGAAGAAGUUAAUCACUUUCAGAUAUGAUUUAUGUAUGUAUGGGUGCUCCGAUCUGAAAUUGCCUUCGUCUACUUACCCUAGCAUGAUUAAAAGACCUACCACUGUAUCUGUCUGCAAUGGUUUAUUCCUCUCUAGUUUAUCAUUUCCAUAGCUUUGCUUUUAAUA